AGCGAACUUAUGAUCCUGGUAAGUGUGCAUAGAGUUACUGGGGGUACGCGGUACUGUGAGUAUUGAUUCAUCGUUGUGCAGAUUCUCCUUUCUCUCACUUGGACAAUAUGUCUGAUGCCCUCAAGUUUUCCAAAAUCUUUUCGAACUCGGCAUUUGCAAUCGAAAACAUCCAACCAUAUUAUUUUAGAGCCACAUCAACCCCAUUACCUGAAGAUAUAUCCUUAAUAACUCAUAUUACAGUGGCUAGCUGGCCACAGCUAGAAAGAUUAGCAGAAAAUUGGCAAGCUCCUAUCUCUGCAACCUUGCACAUACAAUCGAAGAGCUCACCGCUUUCUCCGGAUAUUGCUGAUAUUCUGAGGGAUCUCGGUACAAAAUAUCGAAGCAACAUAGCAAUGUCUUCUCAUGUUGACAUUCAUCUUUACUUUUCCCCACCUGCAUCGAGCCCAUCUCUUGCGCUGGCGCACAAUGUGGACCGAAAUUUGGCAAGACUGUUUGCGCGAACCGAGUUCAUUUGUGAUGUCCCCGCCGGUAUUAUUCCGGCUACACGAAUACGGAAUACCUUACGUACCAACCAAAAAUCAUUUACACCACGAUUGCGCGACGGUGAUGUUAUGGUUGUUCCAUUAUUCACAUUCAUUGAACAUGCAGCUAAACACUCUGCUGUCCCAAGAACCAAAGCGAGUCUGUUAUCACUCGUUUCCAAGGGGAUUAUUGGAUUGGAUGAUAAGCACUGGGAGCUUGGUAAUGGACCCACCAACUUUGAGAGAUGGAGGAACUCUGAAACCUUGUAUGCUGUCAAGGAUUAUGAAGUCCACUAUGAGCCUAUCGUCAUUCAAAGUCGAAACGCUCAGCCAUGGUGUCCAGAGCGAUUCGCUGACAAUGAAGCAGCAUGUCUAUUUGCAAGCUAUCUUAACGGAGCCGAUUUCUGGGUUUUGCCAGAUGACUUUAUGAUUCAGUUAGAGCCCAAACGGGGAAACGAUUUGUCGAAUUUUGAGUCCGUGAUCCAAAACCGUUUGUACGCUAAAUCUCAUGGAGAAAUGUGUGUCCAUUUUGCACGUCAAUUGGACUCUCUAGGACUCUGGGACACUCCCAAAGCUAAAAACGCUAUCGCUCAAUGUUCAAGGGUGAUUUCUAGUUGGGGUAAAGGGCUGAUCGGAAAGCCCGAGUGAAAGGGGGGAUUUUUUUGAUUUGGCAAAAAUACAGUUUUUGUAUCAGAUAAAAUAAAAAAAAAUAAAAAUAAAAAAUUUGAAGAAAAAAAGUUGUCCAACAGCG